CCAAGAUGAGGAAUCACAUGGCAGCCGGGUGGUUCUAUUCACCCUCGCAGAUUGGUCGCUACUUUUUGACGCGGAUUACGAGCUUGAAGCCACCCAGGAACUCCCACGCGAAGAAUCCGAUCAAAGUCCUGCGACAGCUGAAUCGGCACCAGUGGCUCAUGUUUUUGGUGGGCUUCCUGGGCUGGACGUGGGAUGCGUUUGACUUCUUCACCGUGUCGUUGACGGUGACGGAGAUUGCGCAGGAGUUUGAUGUGAAGAACUCGGAUGUGUCGUGGGGAUUAACCGUCACGCUCAUGCUUCGCUCUGUUGGCGCACUGAUCUUCGGCUCGCUGUCCGAUCGUUAUGGGAGAAAAUGGCCCUUCAUCAUCAACUUAGCGGCGUUCAUCGUGCUCGAGCUCGGCACGGGAUUUACUCAUAAUCUCAAGGAGCUGCUGGGGGUGAGGGCCUUGUACGGGAUAGCCAUGGGCGGUCUCUUCGGCCCCGCGGCCUCAACCGCGCUUGAAGACCUCCCCUACGAAGCCCGCGGCAUCCUCUCCGGCCUCUUCGAGCAAGGCUACGCCACGGGCUACCUCCUCGCCGCGGUCUUCUACCGCGCGCUCGUCCCCACAACUUCCCCCGGCUGGCGCUCGCUCUUCUACUUCGGCGCCGGCCCGCCCAUCCUCAUCAUCAUCUUCCGCCUCUGCCUCCCGGAGACCAACCACUUCCUCGUGCAGCGCGCCGAGCGCGAAGCGCGGCACGCCAUGCUGCAGGAGCGCGAACGCGCGGGCGAAGCCCCGAAGCGCAACGGCCUGCGCGCCUUCAGCCGCGAGGCCUGGGUCGCGGUGAAGCAGAACUGGGUGCUGCUGAUCUACAUGGUAGUCAUCAUGAGCGGGUUCAACUCGUGCAGCCACGGCAGCCAGGACUUCUACCCGACGUUCCUGAAGGACCAAGUCGGCAUGAGCAAGACGGACACAACCGUGAUCACGGUGGUCGGGCAGAUCGGCGCGCUGGUCGGCGGCACGACGAUCGGGUACCUGUCCAGCAUCCUCGGCCGCCGGCUGACGAUGCUCAUUGCGUGCGUGGUCGGCGGCGCGCUCGUCCCCGCGUACAUCAUGCCGCGCGACCUCUCGCUGCUCGCGCCUGUCUUCUUCAUGCAGUUCUUCGUCGGCGGCGUCUGGGGCCCUAUCCCCAUCCACCUGAUGGAGCUCGCGCCGCCCGCGCUGCGCACCCUCGUCGUCGGCCUGACGUACCAGCUCGGCAACCUGGCGUCUAGCGCCAGCGCAACCAUCCAGUCGACUAUUGGCGAGCGGUACCCACUGCCGCCGGCCGCGGACGGGACGAAGCGGUUCGAUUAUGGCAAGGUGAUUGGGAUCUUUAUGGGCGCUGUGUGGGCGUAUAUGCUGUUCUUUUUGUUGCUGGGGCCAGAGAUGAGUCAGGAGGAGAGGGAGGAGCAGAGGGGGGAGAGUUUGGCUUGGGAGGCGGAACGGGCGGGCGGGAGGAGCUUGAAGGAGAUGGGGGAGAGGAGGGCGAGGGCGGGGUUUGGGAAGGAGGAUGAGGGCGUGGGGGAGAAGAGUGGGGAGGAGAGGAUUGAGGAUAGGGAUGUGGGGAAGGUUUGA